AGCACAAUGACCAAUCAAAACCUACCCACUUGGCUAAAACUAGCCCCCCAAAAAUGUUCAUAGGAAGAGAGUAGUUGCCACAUGAGGGAGAAGUAUGUAGCUAGCUAGUGCUGUUAGUUGUUCUCACAUCACUUGUCAUUACAUGUGUGUGUGUGCUGGUGCUGCUCUCCUCUCACUCACUCAGCUGCCUGUGGCCUGCAACACUCUCAACUCACAUCCUUCCAGCCCUCCCCACCAUUCACUCAGCUGCCUGUGGCCUGCAACACUCUCAACUCACACCCUUCCAGCCCUCCCCACCACUCACUCAGCUGCCUGUGGCCUGCAACACUCUCAACUCACACCCUUCCAGCCCUCCCCACCACUCACUCAGCAACAGCCUGCCUCACAGCCUGAUAGUCUGCAGCGCAGGUCACAGUGAAAUCAAUCAUGUUUUUUUAAGAGAAAUGCCAUGGCAGCUGCGGUGCAAUUUCGAAGUAGCCCAAAAAAACGCAACUAAUACAUUUUGACCCGCAACAUCUUUUUUAAAGUAGCCAAAUUUUGCGGGAAACAUGCGGACAUGGAAACCCUGCUGGAGAAUCCAGUGGAACUGGUCCUGCUUAUCAGAGCCUUCUAUUUAGAACUAAACAGAGGGGUGUUCUAGGAAGCAGGUUUGAGGAGUUAGCGAGGUAACUUUGGUCGACUCUGAGUACAAUUCGGGAAAUCCGGUCAUACGAAAGUGACUCACCUUUUAGCCAGCAAAAUUUCUAUGGCAUCAAAUCCUGCAGAACUAACCUCCUCCGGGGCUGGCUAACUCCACUUAACCUGAAUGAAAUUACUUUUCCGGAGUUGAGGACCAAUGAAAUCAGAUUCCCUCUCUUGCAAAGAUUGCGUCGUCAUCCCCUACAGGAUUAAGUGCUUUGCUUAAGGGCUAGAUUAGGGUUAGAUUUUUUGGCUCUGGUAUUCAAACUAGCGACCUUUCUGUUACUGGUCCAAUGCUCUAACCUGGAGGAUGCCUGCCGCUCAUCUAGGAUCAGAUCUAUGAUUUAAAAGGCCAACUAGAUCCGCACACCUCUUAGGUUGAUGAAUUAGACUGUGAUAUCAUUUUCUGGUGUACAGCCUGAAACUAAGUAGCAGAAAGUUUCCUUAACAAGCCAGAAUGUUCAAUAGAAUUACACUACACUCUUAACAGUUUGCUUGGUUCUUCAGUGGGUCGAAUUAUCCACAAAGUAUUAUUUACCUGCACUGCUGAAUACAUUUCUAUCACAUUCACGUCAUUUAGCAGACACUCUUAUCCAGAGCCACUUACAAUAGAGUGCAUGCAUUUUCAUACUCUUUAAUACUGGUCCCACAUGGGAAUCGAACCCACAAUCCUGGCGUUGCAAGCACAGUGCUAUACCAACUGAGCCACACAGGACUCAGUUGGUAGAGGAUGCAAGACUUCGGUCAGUAUGCAUGCACGGGCAAACACAUUUAGCUUGCCACACACCGUCCUGUCAUCUUUUGUGACAGACGAGGGGCGUUUUAGGUUAUUUUCCUUUGUAAAUGUGCAAACCUACUAUGAGACACUUUGUGAACAUGGGACCUGAUAUUAGUACCUGAGUUUAGCCUAUCCAUGGUGAUGUUGGAGACUGAGUCAGUGGUGGUUGUGCUACCUGCCGGUAUCUGAAGCUGUUCACCUUCCUACCCCUGGCCGAGGUGGAGCGGGUGAUGGAGCAGCAGAGACAGGAGCCAGGCAAACGGGCCGCACACAAACCUCUCGCCGCCGAAGUCACCAAACUGGUCCACGGCAAUGAGGGCAAAAGGUGCAUCAAUGCCCGGUACCACAGUAACCUUCAGGCCCUGGAGCAGAUGCGUGAUGCUGAGCUGCAGGAGCUCUUCAGAGAUGCCCCGUUCCAUGAGCUGCUGCUGGAGCCAGGGACCACAAUACUGGAUGCCUGCCGCAGGGCAGAGGACAUCCCUCAGGGGCCCAAAGGGUGUCACAUGGUUUCAGAAGGAGCGGUAUGGAUCAACCACAGUAAGACAGACAGCCCAGAACAGGUACUGACCCCCGGCCAGCACAUCCUGGCCAAUGGACUGUCUCUCCUCAGAGUGGGAAAAAAGAACUUCCACAUCAUCAGGUGGCUCAAUCUGUGAGCGGGGCUGGGACCUUAUCACUUCUAUGCACUGUCUGUGUACUGGAGGUAGGACAGCAAGCAGGGAGGCUUAGGUGAAGAGAGCUGGAUAUUGGAAAUAGACCUGUAUUGUUUCAAUAUAUCCCUGCUGAUAUCUAGGAGAGGAUUUAGUGCACUAUAUAUGUGUGGAUUCAAUGAUACUGUAAUAUAUAAAAUAUAUUUGGUGAAAGGCUUUUGUCUUGUUAGUUGUAUGUUACGUACUGUGUAUGUGAACGGUUUUAUUUUUGUGAUCGUUAGAUAUUAGAUAACCGAUUUGCCUAGUACCUAAUUUCACAACAAGGGGUCAGUGCAGUCUUCCCUUUAAAUGAGAAGUGAGUAAAAGCUCCUUCAGACACCCUGUAGCAAAGCUUGACUAUAAGACCCUAGUUACAUCCAAAAAUUACAUUUACAUUGCAAAAUAUCUUACAGCUAAAAUAGAUGAAUAUUUUGACAUUUUAAAAAGGGCAAUAGCAAUAGGUAAUUAAAAACAGGUGGACAAGAUGUGUAGGUUUGUCACAUUUAGAUAUGGGUGAAAUAAAAAAUGAUUCACUCUUACUAUAAUCGUUCUAUUGCAAAUGGCCAAUGAGUUAUAAUUUAUUUAAGUAGUUAUUAAUUGAUGGUUUGAUAAUUAAUUGUAAAUUGUCUAAUUGCGUUAUCCUGCAGAAAAUAUUGUUUUCCCAAUGAGAAAUGCUUGCCACUACUCGAAUACCAUCCCUCCUUUUGCUGGGGUGUACACUGGUGACCUUGACUGAGCUCAGAUAAGUCAAUAUUCACAUCUGUUUAAUGGAGAGAAAUAAAUGGUUACCACCAUGUAAAAUAAUUAAAAUGUUAAGAUUUGAUUAGCUUUUUAGAAUGUUUGACAGAUUCAUGACAAUGACAACCUACUCCAAGAGACAAAAUGCUUCAGACUGGCUUGUGUAUUUUCAAAUGUUUCAAAUCAUUAAGGUGGUAUUACAAUUCCACAUUUAUUGAAAAACUAUUAUAAUUCUCAAAUAAAAUUAGAUAUAAACUGUAUAUUUAUUGUUCUAUUUUGGUGCUAAAGAUCGAGACCAUUGACAUUAAAAUAUUUUCUCAACAUAAACAAAUGAAUAAUGCAUACAUUAAGUUUCCUUAUAAUGGCCCUUUAUUUAUUUACAUCCAUAGCUAAAAUGUUAAAUUCUUAUAGUGAUUAUGGCUACAGCCGUUACAAGGUAACAUGUAUAGAAAUGUGACAAUGUUGCAAAGCCUUUGUAACGUGCAUGAUCGCCUUAAGAGAAUUGGGCGGGCCUACGUUUUUUUAACCAAUGAAUUCCCUUCUUCGUUUUAAAUAGCUCUGUGUCAAUCAGUUUUUCCCCCAGUCAGCUUCCCCUCAAUCGCCAUAUUGGGUACUGAAAAGACCCCUCGUCCCAAAAUAAAAGGUCACACAGUAGUUCGAAUGAAGUUACUCCUUGCCCAGGCUUGACGCAUUCAGUAGAAAAAACACCCAGGAAAGCCAGUCCCAGGACUCAAACGUGAAGAUGACAAAGAGCUGAAAAUGUAUUUCCCCUUUUUGUCAUGGAAACCUAAGUGUUCGGUGAUUUUGAAGAGGAACUACAAAGAAAACGAAACAUAUCAAUUCUCCCUAAGGAUGGGGACGCUGUGCAAGCACUGAAUAUAAACACUAAAGUUCUGGCACUCAUAAAGUUACUGCCUCUAAAAGCAGUCGAUGUAGCAGUGUGCAAUUAGGUUUUAUUUCCUUUUUUGCUUCUUUUUUUCUUUUUUUUAUUUUUUUUUACUACCUGUGUAUAUAUUUAUUUUCAUAUGUAGCACAUAAAACAUUAUGAUUGGGGAGAAGAAAAAAAACGAUGUAAAAGGCAUGAAUUUGACUUGAAGAAUUGCAGUGUAGUUUUGUUUCCAAAAUGCUGUUUAUAAAUCCUGAUCCAUUUAAAAAAUGAUUGGAUUAAAUAAUUGUUCCUCAUCAAAGUAUCCUCAUAGGUCAUCUGUAUGUAGGGAGAGAUUGAUGGUACAUAAUGUGUAGCCUUGUUUUUUGGGGGUCAUUUAAGUGUCACACAACGUGGGUUCUCAGCCACCCCACGAAAACAAUGCCUCAAAUAAUGAUACAUUUCUGUUAUGACUAAAAAAGUAAUAUGUGAAGUCAGCCAAUAUUUAUUGUAUUUUGUUGAAAAUCUGUAGGCCUAUGCCGGUCACUUAAAUUCUGGAAUAUUUUGUUUUUUUUACAAGUCUUCCUCUUCACCAUUUUUUUGAAAGUGUAGCUAAUUUAUUUUUCUGAAGUGGUGUAGGGUACUAAUUUGCUGAAGGAUAAAGUAUCUGUUAACUGUACUGGUAGUAUUAAUCAACUUCAUCCUCUCCCUGACAUACUCGUGUCUUUCAGUUUAACGGUUCUUAAUAUUUUUUUAAACGUUUAGGCCUUUUUAUGUUUGAAAUGUCCUACAAUACCAAAUACAUGGUUGCUUCAAUACGUCUGUGUCGACGCUUUCACCAUCAGGUGGCCUUGGCAUUGUACUCCUGUUUGAUACAGAAAGAUCAUUUAAUUUGUUAAUCUCCCCCUUCUCCCAGACAUUGUUAGUGCAGAUCAUGCAAAUGUAGCUUCUAAAAUAACUUUAAUUUCACCCAUUUUACAAUCAGUCUUUGUUCAGAGGCUAAGAAUUGUCUCAAAGUAGUCACUCUGCCCGUGUAAAUCUAUUAAGUGUACAUAACUUUGUAAAAACACUGAGAAAUUAUACUAACUUAUUUAUGUCAAGCUUUUUUUAUGUAGAAUAAAAUGGGGUUUUGAUCAAGGUUAUCCAAAGUGGCAUUUACAUAUAUUUUUUUUGUAAGCAUAUUUUUUGGUAGUUUUUAUUUUAUCAAAAAAGGUUGCAACCUGAGCCUGAUUUAAAAUAUUUGAUGUGCAUUUUUCAAUGUGUGAUUUAAGAUGUGUUGCAAUCAAUUAAAACAGAAGAUAAAUCGUUAUCUGAUUUGUUGGUCAUGUUUGCACUGUUGAAAGGAACCUCUUCAGCCUGCACACGGUCACACUCUUUCUCUCAGCGAGUAUACAGCAUAACGAUUUUAAUGUAUUUCCAUUACGCUAAUAAAUAAUCCAUAUCCGUGUCCUUCAUAA